UAAAGACUACAUUUGUACAUAUGACAUAUGAACACAAGGCUUUUUUGACAGAUCUAAACUGAUUUGUUGACCACUUCAUCAGAUGAUUUUGUGGGGACCGGUGUGAUCGUUCAAAAUAUGGACAACAAUUAGAAAAUUCAAUGUUCAGGGCAUAGUUCAAGGCAAUUAAAAGUGAAUAUUGUACUCGCUCUGGGAAAAUGGAGGUGUCCGCCCCAAAAAUAUACGAUAUUCAGCUAGUCAUUAACAGUAUUGAAGUUGAAGGGAAUGUUGCAAAGGUGCUAUGUGUCGAAUGUUGUGGGACCCGGAUGUUCUUAGGGACAGCCGAAGGGUACUUGUUGGAGUAUUUUAUUACCGACCAAAAGUCCAAGACAUUCUUUAACCGGGUUCGUCUAGUUAAUAUAAACAAGGGACAACCAAUUGUUCAAAUCCGAAAUGCAUCAGCUCUCGACACGUUGAUCACUUUGUCUGGAGGGACUUUGGCGAUGUGUGAUAGUCAAACUAUGGAACCCAAAGGGAGCAGCAUUUCCUCCGUGUCGUGCUUUGCUGUAGAUGACAAUCCCAUUGAUGGAGAUCCCUUCAGUGUUUCCUUAUGCUUCGUCAAGAAAAAAUCAAUUAUUGUAGCUCAAGCUUCGGAAACGGGAUUUAACAUCGUAAAGGAUAUAAGUCUGGAUGCUUUGACCAUCUCGUUGGCCAUUGAAUCAGGGCUUUGUUGUGUGGGUCUGGCCACUGGAAAGUAUAUCAUCGUCAACACCAUGGCUCAAAGGAAAACCAUGCAAGACUUGUGCGAAUUUGACCCCAAAGAAGUUCUUCCCAAAGUUGUACAUGUUGGAAAAGAGGAGUUUCUUGUGAUUGGCCCAGGGGGAUUGGGAGUGUUCGUAACAUCUCGUGGAACAUCAGAACGACCUCCAAUAAUAUGGUCGGAGAAAAUUCAUCAGUUGGUGGUUGACGGUUUAAAUGUUGUAGCGGUCGGAAAUGAUUCAAUUUACGUCAGCAGUUUGUCGGACCCUGGAAAUAGUAAUCUUAUUCCAUUUCCUGGGGCCAAAUGCUUAUCGCUUAGUGAAGGUAAAUUGUAUGUUGGAACAGCCCGCAGUUUAUACAGAUUCAUCCCCAUUUCGGUUGAUGAACAAGUUGAGGCGUUGUUAUCAGCAGACAAAAUUGACCAAGCAUUCACUCUUUUGGAAAUGGCUCAUCUUAAAGCUGAUAGAAAGGAAAAUUUGUUUAGAAAAAUUCACAAACGAGCUGUAUUUCACCGUAUGGCCGAAUUUGAACUUAGUCUUUGCAAGGAAUCCAUCGGGCUGUCUCAUAUAGACUUACGAGAGAUUUUAAAUCUUUUUCCUGGGAUUCUUCCAACGACCACAAUUUUUACAAGAACUUUACCACAACUUCACAGUUAUGCAGAUAUUAAUCAAAUGACGAAUAGGGACAGUCACAAAAAUAGGACGUUAGCUUCAUUCUUGCUGGAUAUUUUGACAUUUUACGAGCCAAUGUACGACUCAAAGGAUCUCUCAACCUCGACAAUAAAACUUGCUGCAAAAUUCAACAAGUCAAAAUAUAUCCUCCUAUUGGACGACAUUGACAGAAUGACUGUUGAUUACGAUGACGUUUUCGAGUGGAUGGAGGAAGAGAAAAUGUUUGACUCUGCGGCACUGCUUCACAAGGCUAAAAGGGACUUGCACCGUGCACUUGAUACUUGGAUACGCCUUCUCACCGGAGAAUUAAAAUGCGGAGACAAUGAUGAAUUCGAAGGAAUAGAUGCUAUUGUUGAUGCACUUUUGAGCUCAAAUGAGGAACAAUUGGUGUGGAAUUAUUAUUACAAGUUGGCAAAGAUUGAUCCUGACAAAGCAAUACAAGUUUUUACUAAAAGAAAUCCAUCUCCUGCCUUCCAGCCGCUGGAAAUUGCGGAAAAAUUAUCCUCGCAACCUCGAGUUUGUCGAACAUAUCUUUCACAUUUUGUGACGAUUAAAAACUUUGAGGAUCCAGAUCUUCACACAUUUUUGGCAACUUUAUAUAUCGAUGAGAUUUUGGGAAAUCCUGAAAUGGAAGACUUACAGUCUGUGAGAGAACAGUUUAGAAUGUUUUUAAUUAGCUCCAAUUGUUUAAAGGUUCAAUAUCUUAUCGGGAAAUUAUCCACGUCUACUCUCCGACUCGAAUUAGCAAUUCUUCAUGGCAAGGCUGGAGAUCAUGCUCCUGCAUUGAAAAUUAUUGUCGAAGAACUCCAGGAUCACUCGUUCGCUCGAGAAUAUUGCAAAAAUAUUCAGGAUAGAUUACAACGAGAGCAAGCAUUUAUCAGCCUGUUCAAGAGUUACUCGCCCCAAAGUGAAGAACCGGAACUGAGCCCAGAGUGCUUGAAUGUCUUGGCGGAUUUCGUUGAGGACUUUGAUAUUUCUUUGAUACUUCCCAUACUUCCUGAUGACUUGAAUUUGACUAUAAUUUCCAAUGUUCUUCGUCGAGCAGUUCGUCUCAAGAUUCACAAAAUGCGGCAGACUAAAUUGAUAAAAGGAUUGUCACAGCGUGUGAAUGUGGACUAUCAACUAGAGUUAGAUUCACGUAAUCAAGGUUAUCAAGUCGACGACGAAAGUGUGUGUGGGGUGUGUUGGCGAAAAUUUGAUUCCUUGGAACCUCUAUUACACAAUAAGGGACAAGUCGUUCAUUCAAAGUGUGUGUAACAAAAUUUUAUUUAUUUAGUAAGACUGUAUGUAUGUAUUCAACUUUGAAUAAAAAAUGUUAUGCAUGUUAAAUACUUGUUAUGAAAAACUAUAAUAUAGUUAUCAUGUAGUUUGGGAAUAGAUUAUAUAAAUUAAAUAUUUUAAUAAAAACGACCCCCUUUCCUCACCAUGGA